GCCAAUGAGAAACAAAAGAAGAGACUGGGGAGGCUUCGGGUGGAUGGGUGAAGUUUGGAAAGUUCGCGUGAGUCAAAAGAAUCGGAGGGUGGUACGUGCCUGUUGCGCUGUGGUAAACGAAGCAGCAAGAGAAGAGUCGUCUGUUGAAAAGCAGGGAAGGAACCAUGUCCCGGAAAGGAUGCCUGAGUGUCACGAAGUAUUUCCUCUUCAUUUUCAACCUCCUCUUCUUUAUCCUUGGCAGUCUUCUCUUCAGUUUUGGCUUAUGGAUACUUUUUGACCGAAAUAGUUUUGCUUCAGUCCUUGGGUCAUCGUAUUAUGCCCUAAAGGUCUGGUCCUAUAUUUUCUGUGGAGUUGGUAUCCUCACAAUGCUGAUGGGAUUCCUGGGAUGCCUGGGUUCCCUCAAGGAAGUCAAGUGUAUGCUUGGAUUUUACUUUGCCUUCCUGUUGCUUCUCUUUCUUGCUCAAAUCACCAUCGGGAUCCUCAUAUAUACUCAGCAGAAAACGCUCAGCACAGUGGUUACUGACUACGCGAAUGACAUAAUUGAAAAUUAUGGGAGAAAGAGUCCACUCUCAGAUCAUGAAGAAAGCUGGGAUUUUCUGCAAGAACAGCUCCAGUGCUGCGGAUGGUCCUCCUACAUGGACUGGAAUGUCAACCAGGCAGUCCGCAAUGCCUCCGAAAAGCUGUAUCCCUGCUCCUGCCGUAACAUCUCUCAGGCCAUCCAUCCAGAGACCAAUCAGACUGCGGGCUCUGAGAAUGGCUUCUGCAGAGCUGCAGGAGAAUGGCCAGUCAACAAAGAUGGCUGCGCAGAGAGUGUCAAGACCUGGCUUGCCAACAACGUCAUCACUAUUGUGGCCAUCUGCCUUGGAAUCGCUCUCCUGGAGCUCUGCCUCAUGACACUAUCGAUGUUUCUGUGUAGGACCAUGGGGCCCAACUAUGACAAACUCGCCCGCUAUUCUUAGGAGGUGAAGCCCUGUUUCUCCGAGUCCCUCCUUUCGGGAGACAGCAUCGGAAAUAAUUCCUUGCAACUCAACCAUUUCACUUCAGGAGUUUAAAAAUAUGUGACUGCAGGGCUGCAAGUUUCCUUGGCAAGUUUUUGAUCUAAACUUACCUUGUUCAGCCCUCAUCAUGGUUAAUGAAACUAAACCUGCAGGCACCAGCAAGACGUGAAAAUCAUUGUACUGUGGAGGCAUUUUGCUUCACAUGGCUGAACAGAUUAUUUAGCCCUUAGAUCACCUUGGAAAGCCACAGCUUUGGACAUGACAACAUUUGGCAAGUACAGUCUCAAAAUAAGACCCCUCUCCUACGUUAUUACCUUUCUUUUUGAAUGUCUGGGUCCUAACAUUAAAGGCAAGAGAUUGUUUCAUUAAGGAAAAAGCUGUUUGGCAGGUAGCAACAUAUUACUAGGAUCUGGUUCAUUACUACAUAGAGCCUGGAUACCAAUGUGUUUUUUCCAAGCAUUUAAAAAAAUCAGUUUAUUGAAAACCCCAUACAUUCCUUAAUAGGCUUGUUUUGGCAUGAAGGCCUAUCUUACCCUUUAUUGGUGUUAAAGCAAAUUAAAAUGCAAAUGUGAAUUUGGCAAUAUACCACUUGGUUAAGAACUCUGGCAGUGAAACAAGGCCAGUGACAAUCAGGUUGGCAAACCACGUCUCUGGGGGACUCCUGGGAUGUACUUUUCCCAGUUUACCCAGAUUCAGAAUGGCAUUCUGGACACUGGGAGAGGUGUAUGCAAAGCUUUUCCUAAUGUGUCCAGAACUGGAUUGAUGUCUGUUCCAUAGCGCUGCUAUAACACACUUCAGUGGUGUUUAUCCUGCUCUGUUGCAGUUAUCUUAAAUCAAUCCAACUGAAUUGGCACACGAUGGAAAUGCUGCAGUAAGUUUGCAUUUCCCCCGUUUGAUGCAAAGUUUGUUCUAGCUCAAGCUGUACAUCCAAGCACCUUGCUUCCGGCAAUUCAAAUGGACUUUCAUUCCGAAACACUUUGCACAUGCAGGAAUUACAGGGCCUGUAGCUGGCUAACUUAUUUAACUUGGCUGCUGGGACAUGUCACUCCCUGAAUUCCCGGUCAUCUGGGCUUCUGCCUUGGAAGGCAGGCAAGCCUUGCUUGCACCAGGCAUGUGUGGAUACAAAUCUAUGUUCUUCCAGUAUUUGCAUGGAGCCAUGGCACUUUUAUCCCAAUGUGGGGCUAGAUAACUGUGUGAAAGGAUCCUGAUUGGCUGAGUGUGAUGAGGGUCAGUGGUCAUGGCUUUGCAUUCUCUGCUACAUCCACAGGUGUAGUGACAGACAAUACCUACUUCUUUCUUCUACAGCAUUUGUGUAUUUAUGUAUAUAUGCAUUUGAAAGUGUGUUUAUAGACUUGUUUUCCCUUACAAGUUGAGAAGAGGGUGAGAAAUAGAAUAAGGUACACUUCACCUUUCUCCUCCACUUUUUAUUCUUAAAAUGCUUGAUUUGGGGUUGGCUUGUUUUGUAUUUUCCCAUUUUGUAAUUAAAUAAAUUAAAUCCAUAAA